UUAGAAAAGUAGGGGAGUCCAAAAGUUGCAGAGAUUGCUGCGUGAUUUGGUGGUGUUCGUGCAAAUCGUAUGAUAGUAUUGGGCUCUUGUUGUCAGUGUUUUACGAACGAUGCCACAGUUUUAACUUUUCUUCGAUAGUGUUUACCAUGCAUAGUUAACGCGUGGCACCAUCUGUAAAACACGAUACAUCGCGGUACAUCCUCGAUCAGGUUGGACGAUUCAAGAAAAACAAUGUUGCUACUAAUUAAUCUGCCAGAUGUGGUGUUGGAAACGAUCCUGUCUAACCUAUCAUAUGAUGAAAUUGCCAAAAACAGAAUUGUUUGUAAACAAUUCAAUCGAACAUGCCAAAAAUUGUUAAAUCGCGGUUUCAACCUCAUGGAAAAAUACCAUGCACAAUGUUUACGUGCCGUGAAGAGCCGUUUACCACGUCGAGAAUCAGAGAGAAGAUGCCAUCCACUGGCACGUCACUGCGAUAUAUUAACAGCGAUAGAAACUAGAAUUUCUAUGUUAUCCAUGACUUUUAUCAAAUAUGUUGGCUUAAACUUAUGUUGCUUCAUCCCAGGGAAGGUGAUCGACGAGAUUUUCCGGGUACUUCGUUUAAUUCAUGAUUCAAAGACCCCACCUAGAACCCACGAAAUCCUUCAAGAAUUAAGGGAUAUCAGCAGCAUGGCCAUGGAACAUUUUGAUGAGAAAAUUCUACCAGAUUUAAAGCAUAGUAUAUGCACAUCGGCAGUCAGUAAUGUUGGGUCUUAUGAAUUACCUAGUGGAAGUCAAAUGAUAACUCUUUAUACAAAUACUUCGAAUACUACUACUCUACCACUUAGUUUUAACACAGAAAAGUUGAACCAAACUUUUAAGAAAAUUUAUAGCCGUACAAAAAAAAAUAAAUUAUCCGUCCUAACAGUUAAAGGUCAAAUUAGUAAGCUAAAACUGCGAAUGAAAAGACAUGGUUUUCGAAUGCGUUUGCAAAGUUUGAAGCUUCAAGCUCAAGCAGAAAAAAUACAUGAACAGGAUGCACAAAUUGCCGAUAUGAGGCGUCAUUUGGAAGAAUGGGAGCAGAAAAUAGGCGACUUAACUGCUGAAUUAAGUCGCGCUAGGGAGGAAACUCAGAAACCAGAUCCUACGCUUGAUGGUCGGAAACGUAAACAUAUUGAUAUUAUUAGUCAGCGAGACACUGAAAUUCAAACUAAAGAACUUCAAGCGAAAAAACGAAAAUUGAUAGUCGAAAGGAAAUCAUCAAGUGAUGCAAAGGAAAUUAAGUUUAAACAAUUUUUGUCCAAUCUACUUGGUGCAGGAAGCUCAGAUGAUGUUAUUCCUUCGACAUCAAAUUAAUUUUUGUUAUCACAUAAUGUAUACUGAUAGUUUAAGUUUAUUAGUCAGGCAUAUAUUCAAACUAAAGAGCUUGAAGUGAAUAAAUGAUCAUUACUAGUUGAAAGAAACAAAACAAAUAAAAUGAAUGAAAAAUGAAA